GGGCUUUAAUUCCUUUGUCAUCAAUGGAGAAGAAUCGAAUCUGCAAGAUCUGCAACAGACGUUUUGCUAAUGGCAAAGCCAUGGGAGGACACAUGAGAUCUCACUUAGCAAAACUUCCCCUUCCUCCAAAACCAAUCACAUCAGAACAAGCUGAGGCUUCAAUCUUAAAAUCACCAUCACGGUCCUCAUCAUCUUCAUCCUUCAACUAUCUUUCCAGUGAAAACCCCAUGCAAUCCUAUCGAUCUGUCAAUCAUGAGCUUCCUUUCAUGUCAAAAGCUAAUUUAGCUAUUCUUCAGGAUGGUGAGAGUGAUACAGAGUCGCCAAGGAACCCUACUCGGAGAAGAUCUAGACGGUGCCGCAAACCGGUGGAGAAAGUGGCUGAAUCAGUCGUAAAAGUAGCCGAUUCAACUGAACAGGUAAGUUCUAUAUCUGAUAUUUCUAAUGAAGAGAGUGUAGCUUUGUGUCUUCUGAUGCUUUCAAGGGAUAAAUGGGAGAAGACAAAGCAAGUAGAUGAGUACAUGGAAGAGAAGGUUGAUGCUGAAGAUGAGUAUGAUGAUGAAUCGGUGGAUGAGAUUGCUGUGCGAUCUAAAAAUCAAAGAAAGUAUAGGUGUGGAACAUGCCAAAGGAGUUUUCGAUCUUAUCAAGCCUUGGGUGGACACAAGGCAAGUCACAAGAAGAUGAAGACUCAUGUGAAGGAUGAUGAAUAUGAUGAAGGAGAAGGUAGUGGGUGUGGUGGUAAUAACAACAACAAUAAUGGUGUUUUGCCUAUUGAACCAAAAAUGUAUAAGUGCCCAUUUUGUGAUAAAGUGUUUGAAUCUGGUCAAGCACUAGGUGGGCACAAAAAAGUGCAUUAUUCCUACCUAGGCAAUGUUAAAACAUCAGUUAAAUCUUCUGAUAAUUUGUUAGAUUUGAAUUUGCCAGCCCCUGAAGAUGAUGGUGAAGUUAGUCAAGCUGAGCUUUCAACAGUUUCCAACGCAAAGGCAUAUCAGCUGAGAAACUGUGGUAGCUAUUAGGAAUGGCAAGUGAGAUUUAUGCUUGGAAACAUCUCUAUGUUAAGUGAAAAACACAGUUGUAAGGGUUUUCAUGGCAGUGCAUGCUUAUGUUUAACUUCUUUAGGCAUUUGUCUUUGUUAUAGUUUGGUACAAUAGAUUGUUUCUUCUUUCAUUUGCAAGUUACAUGGUGAACAGCAUAUUGUAUUUUCAAGCA